CGGUUAUUUCCGCCGUUAGUCGGGCAUUGCACAAUGCUUUUGGGGGCAUUCGGCAUUUUUUCGUUCGGAGAGCAGUCCUUGCUGUUAUCUUCACAGCUUGUGUUACAUAACUAAAGUUAAUUGGAUUAUUCCUGUUCACUCAUGGUCUUAGUUUCUCCUGUGGCUGUUGUGCACUCAAACUGAGGUCUGUCAUUUCGCAAUUGCUGAUCAGAAGAAGGUGACAUUUGGCACAAAAUGUAUUUACUUGACUUCUUAGCUGGGUGGGUUGCAGGUGGACUUGCUACUGCUGUUGGAUAUCCUUUGGAUACAAUCAAGGUGAGAAUUCAGACACAGCGUAUGUACAGUGGUGUUUGGCACUGCAUUCAAUCAACAUAUCAGAGAGAAAAGGUAUAUGGAUUUUAUAAAGGAAUGGCAUUACCUGUUCUGUCGGUGUCUGUGUGUGGUUCAGUUUGCUUCGGCACAUACAGAAAUUGCCUCCAUUUUUUAAGUCAGUUGCGACAUGGUAGCUCAGAUGUGAAACCAUCCAGAUUUGAUGUUUUCAUCGCAGGCUGCUCUGCAGGGACUGCUGAGGCUAUGGUGUUUGCUCCCAUUGAUCUAAUCAAGAUAAGGCAGCAGAAUCAGACACAUCCUCAUCAUUCAUACCAAGGCCCUUCUUCUCGUGACCUUUUGUUGAAGCCAAAAUACAGAGGCCCAACCCACUGCCUAAUAACAGUAAUAAAAGAGGAAGGAAUUUUGGGACUGUACAGAGGUAUUACUGCACUGUGGUUAAGAGACAUCCCAUGUUUUGGAUUAUAUUUUUUGGUGUACUCUAUUUUCACUGAAUGGCUAACUCCACAAGAACAACAUAAGCCAGAUUGGUCAGCCAUGCUGUUGGCUGGUGGUUGUGCUGGCAUGACUUACUGGACUUUGGCCACUCCAAUGGAUGUCAUGAAAUCCCGAAUGCAGAUGGAUGGCAUGGGACAGCAGAGAUAUAGUGGUGUACUGAAUUGUAUUAGUGAAAGUUUCCGACAAGAAGGGGCAAGAGUUUUCUUUAAGGGUUUAAGCUUAAACUGUGUGCGUGCAUUUCCUGUUAAUGGAUUGACAUUUGUAAUUUAUGAAACUGUGCUGGCAUUUCUCAAAAAAAUAAAUGCAAAGGAUCAGUGAAGUUCCUACCUCUUGAAGGCAUUCUAUCUUGAUAUCCAUAUAAAUUAAUAUUUCAAAUAAUUAUUUGAAUAAUGUGUAUAGAAGAAUUUAAGAAUGGUGUAAAUAUUAUAUAUAUUAUAUGUUUAUUAUAAAUACAUAACAAUGGAUUUUUCAUGGAUAUGCCGUUGUCUAAGUGCAAAGAGCUCAUGUACCUUUUUUGUCAGUAAGAUCAGCUGCAUCUGUCAUAUCCUCUCUUUCACUAUCCUACUAGGCUAAACCUACUUUGCUACUGCCCUAGUCUUGUACUUGCAUGUCUCUGUACUUUCACUCCUAUCCACCAUUGUGCCCUUUCUUAGCUCCAAGACAUCAGCAUAAUGCUCACUCAACCCUAUUCCUAUUAAACUGCUGACCACCCAAACUCCCUCCCUGUUAACCGAUAUUAUUAACAGUUUCUCUCUUCAGGUGUUGACUGUCUCUUAAAUAUGUUGUCAUCGCCCCUCUCCACAAAAAAAAAAUCCUUGGUACACACCAUCCUUGAAAACCAGCACCCAAUCUCCAACCUCCCUUUCCACUGCAAUGUCCUCAAAUGUGUUCUUGCCUCUCAAACCAGUGCCAUCAUAGUAAUAAAAUGGUAUUUAUCAAAAACAUAAAUGACGUUCUAUUAAUGUAAUGAGGGUAAACUGUUCCUCCAUGUUGUUUUUGACCUGUGUACUGUGUUUGACUGUUGGCCAUGCAUCCUCACCUUGAGCCUCUUCACUGUCAUCCUAUUUUCUAUUCUUAUCCAUCUAAUCCUGGUGAGAGUAUCAUGUACAAUGGCUUCUCUUCUAACCCAGGGUGACCCCAAGGUGCAGUCUUUGCCCUCCAUGGGGUGUUAUGGUGAUAUAAUAGGAAAGUACAGCAUGGUUUUUUAUAUAUACACUGACAUCCAGCUCUACCUCACUAAUACCUCUCUUGACUCCUCAACUGUUGCUAAGCUUAUUUUCAGACUGCUUAUCCAAUAUAAAUUACUGAAUGAGAUAACUCCUUCAAUUAGAUAUUUGGAAGGCUGAAGCAUUGUUUUUGAUCCCCACUCCAAAUUCUGUUCCCUAGUUACUGAUGCCUCCUCUUUUUCCGGCAACAAUCUGAAACUAGACAGACUAAUUGUGAUUAAAAACCUAUUUAUAUCAAAUCAAAUCAUAUUUGACCCAAGGAUCAACAUCUGCCAACUCAUUCAUGCCACCAUUUUCCAUGUAGGAGAAAAUUACUGCAGAUGCUGUAAUCUGUAUUGAAAACAAAAAAUGCUGGAGAUAACAGCUGGUCAGGCAGCAUCCAUGGAGAGAAAACAGGCUAGCGUUUCAAGACUGAUAACUCUUCAAAGCUGAUGUAAAAUGAGCUCUGAUGAGUCAUCUAGACUUGAAACGUUAGCUUGUUUUCACUCCAUAGAUGCUGCCUGACCCACUGUGAUCUCCAGCAUUUUUUGUUUUCCGCUGUUUUCCAUCUCAGUAAUAUUGCCUGACUUCGCCCUUGUCUCAGCUAAUCUGCUGCUGAAACUUCAAUUCGUGCCAUUGUUACAGGAAUGCUUGACUAUUCCAAUGCACCCUGAUCACUCAAAUACUACCCUCUGCAAAUCUGAGGUCAAUUAAAACUCUGCUACCUGAAUCUUAGGACAUACCAUGUCACAUAUCACCCCAGUUUCAAGGACCUACAUGAACUGCUAGUCAAGCAAUGUCUGGAAUUUAAUAUUCUGAUUCUUGUUUUCAAAACCUUUCCUGACAUCUCCUCUCUCCUAUCUUUGUAAUCUUAUUCUACCCUACAACCUUUGGAGAUAUCUGCACUCCUCUAAUCCUGGUUUCUUGAACAUCUUUAAUUUUAAUUGCUCCACUGUUGGUGGUAGUGCCUGCUUCUGCAUGUGUUGUAAUGUUAGUCGGUUAGGGACUAUUAACAUUUAGAGAGAAAUCCAAAACCCUCAUUUUGACUAAAAGACCAAUGCCACAAGAUUUCAUUUUUAAACAAAAACUUUGUGUAUCAAAGAUUAAAAUAAGCACUAUGUCUAUAAGUAGCACUUAUAAGUCUAUGCUACUUCUCCUCCCUUCAUCUGUAUAAUUUUCUGCAUUUUAUUAAUUCUGAAGUUUUGAAUAUUCCUGAUUUUGAUCACUCUGCAAAUCACAAAUAUGCCAUCAGCUGGCUAGGCCCUGAGCUUUAUAAUGCAUUCCUUGUAUAAAAUGGUUCCUUGUGCCUAAUUUUUGACCAAGCUCUUGAUGACCUAGCCUAAUAUCUCGUUGUGUUGCUCUCAAAUUUUGCUUCAUGUAGAGUGCCUUAGGGUGGUUUAUUAUGUUAAAGGUGCUAUACAACUAUAAAUUGCAUAUUUUUAUGUAUUCCUCUCAAAUAUUAACUUUAUUGGUAGCAUCACUCUUGCCUUUGAAUGGAAAGGUCAUUGGUUUAAACCUCACUUCAGACUUUGAGUACAUAAUCUCACUUGACAGGUCAGUACUGAAUUGAAGGAUCGCUGCUUUGCCAUGGGUGCUAUCUUUUGAUUUAGAAGUUAAGUAGAAGCCCAACUGCCAACAGUUUUUAUCUCUUAACCAAUCUGUUUGUUAUGUUGGUUAUUUAUCUCAACUGCUGCUUGAGGAAUCUUGCUGUGUACACAGUGGCUGCUAUAUUUUUCUGCAAAAGAACAGUGGCCAGACUUGAAAGUAACCAGUUCCCUGUGAAAUGCAAUGUGACAGCCUGAGAAUGUUAAAUUCACAAUAAAUAUUUGUCACUAAGAUUACCUACAGAAGCUGAACUAAAAAAGUUGUGUUUUGGUGUAAUGUGCAUUUUGUCUGUUUCAGUUUUUUGCAAUGUAAAUUUAUAAAUACUGUUACUUUUUCAGUGACUGUUAGUGGUUUCAAUUUGAAAUACAUUUAUAGGCUAAAUUUUUUUCUUUUAUAAAUGUAAUAUUUUUGCAUUGAUUUAGAGCAUUGUUUGGCACCAAGUUGAAUUUCUCAGCAUCAAUAAAAACAAAACCGU